AUCUGCAGAAAAAGCAUUGGAGCUUGACCAUUUUCGCAUCAUUGUGGAAAGAAAAACAGGACGGUGGAGAUGGAGACGAGCACAAUGCCUCCAAAGGCCCCAAGGCUCACAGUAGAAGAAGAUGCAAUGGCAUCCCAGGUCCUGGAGAUCAUUGGUGGGAUCACUCUUGGGGGCCUCCAGACCCUGGAGGAGGCUGAAGACAGAGAUGUGUGGUCAAUGGAGGAGGGAGACGACUCAGUGUUCUACAGUGAUGAGGACCAAGCUCAUCACGACAUAAAAACAAACACAUCUUGUGAUUUUGGUGCCAACGAGUGCAAGCGUCUUGUCAACAGUGUGACAUCUGACGAACCUAUCCCACAGGGGGGGCCUGAUCCGGAAAAACCCAUUAUUGACAAAGAUAAUUCAGAGAUGGAAAAGGAAGUGACUCAGCAGGUCAUUCUGACCGAACAAGGAGAGGAACGGCAAGAGCUCCAGACACCAAAAACUGAACCUAUGGAUCAGUCAGAUGUUGCAGAUCCAGGACAACAGUCGAUGAGCGCCUGUGGAGAAUCUCUACAAACAAACUUCACAGGCGCAGACAUGCAAACACGAAACAGAUCAGCAGAAAAAGCAAAUCUACCAGUAGAGGAGGAAGAAGUGGCACUAGACGGACAGACACCAGACCUUGAACCCUUUGAUGUAACUAAUGAGGAGAGUUAUACAAAGCCAAAUGGGGAGGCAGAAAUCCCAGAGCAGAUGUCUAGUGACGAACUCCAGAUAUCAGGUGACAGGCAGCUUCAGGUGGACCAGGAGCCAGAGCAAGACCACAACAUGCAUGACAUUGUUCACCAAAACCCCAGCCCAGGCCACUCCACUCUGCCUUUGUUGGAGAAAUCCGUCCAGCCGAAAUGCUUCAACCACCUCUCUUCCUCCAAAUACAGCACCGUGUCCUACCGCAAGAUCCGCAGAGGCAACACCCGCCAGAAGAUAGAGGAGUUUGAGUACAUGAUGAUGAAUUUGUAAGAUUUUUUUUUUCCUAGGAACAUAAACACUGC